CUUAGAAAGAAUCAAAGUACGAAUGAAGUCGCUGGUAGUAGUAGGCGGACUGGCAAAGUUAAACGGCCACACAAAUUCGUCCCCCUUCAAUUCGGCAAUUCCUCCGCCUCCACGGAUUGCCGGCCCUGCCGUUUCAUCCUGCACUACUCCAUAGUCCAUACCAUCCUCCGAUUUAUGAAGCUCGGGUGUCUCAGUCCUUUGUGUGAAUCCUUUCCCGUCUUUACAAUCCACACCCCUUUCUCCAGCUGAGUGAGGAACCACGUUUCAUUCUUCCGCCGGUCAAUUCGAGGUCAACCCUUCAAUUCCUUCCGCUCCACUCGAUUAACAGCUCGGGUGAUGGAGGGAUAUAAUGAAAUCCCCAUCUUGAGUUCGGACAGCCAGAAGGAUAUAGAGAUGGCCAUCCCUCCCGACGAAAAGACCAUCUCUGAUGUGGAUUCCAGACCAUCCAGCGGAUGCGUUUGUGCCUUCUCCAAACAUGUAGAUGAUGUUCAUGAAUUAGAGGAUAGAUCCAAGUCAGCUGUGAAACUAUCUUGGCUGGUGAUUUUCUACUUGAUGGUUAUGACAGUUGAGAUUAUUGGUGGUGUAAGGGCCAACAGCCUUGCAGUUAUCACAGAUGCAGCACAUUUGCUCACCGACGUAGCUGGCUUUGCUGUAUCGCUCUUCACAGUGUGGGCUUCGGGUUGGAAAACCACUUCAGACCAGUCUUUCGGGUUCAGUCGCCUUGAGGUCCUUGGGGCCCUGCUCUCCGUACAACUCAUCUGGCUCAUCUCUGGAGUCCUAAUCUACGAGGCAGUGAACAGAAUCCUUCACAAGCAAGCAGAAGUCAAGGGUGGACUCAUGUUUGGGAUUGCUGCAUUUGGGUUCAUAAUCAACUUGAUUAUGGUCAUAUGGCUUGGUCACGAUCAUGCUCACGGUCACGGUCACGCCCACGAUCAUGGUCAUAGUCAUGAUCAUAAUCAUCACCAUCACAUUCAUGAUCAUAACAAGGACCAUUUGCCUGCUAGAAAAGAAAACCAGGUAGAAGAGUCAGAGUUGGACCUGGUAUUAGGGUCUCCAAAAAAGGCCAAGUUGCUGAACAUCAACAUCCAGGGUGCUUAUCUUCAUGUAAUGGCUGAUCUAAUCCAGUCUGUUGGAGUAAUGAUCGCCGGAGCAGUCAUAUGGGCGAAGCCAGAGUGGUUGAUUGUUGAUCUUAUCUGCACCCUGGUGUUCUCCACGUUUGUACUGUUCACAACAUUGCCCAUGCUCAUGGAUAUCUUCAACAUACUUAUGGAGAGGACCCCACGCGACAUAAACCUAGUCAGACUGGAGAAUGAUCUGAAGUGCAUCAGAGGAGUUCGAGAAAUCCACGACAUCCACGUCUGGUCUAUGACAGUCGGUAAGCGGGUCCUGACUUGCCAUGUGAUAGCCGAGCCAGAAGCUAGCGCCAGGGAGAUGGUCAAUAGGAUUAAGGAUCACUGUGAGAAAAUGUAUGGCAUUUGUCAUUGUACAAUCCAAAUUGAGGUCUAAGGAAACAACCUGUAAAACAUUUUUUUAUCGUUUGGCUUUACAUAGCCCAUUGACACAAGGUUUUGAUUGCGGCCAAGGGAAGGAGCUGUUUGAUUUCCUCAAUCAUUUGAAUUUGGAUCAGUGUAUGUAUAUAGCUGCAGAAGUGGUUUGACAACCCGGAUAUGUUGUUCAUAGAGAGUAUGUGAGAAUGUGUUCAUAACACCUUGGGUCCGUCAGAUUAGGGCGAACGCAGG